CGGGGACGAGCUCUGCUCAGAGGACAGACACAGAGUGUGUGCAGCAGAGAGGGAGAGAGACAGAGAGACAGACACACUGACUGAGGGAACGACAGACAGCUCCUUUAUUUUCUUGUGCUUUAAUUUGAAGCAGGACUAAAGAAGGGACAGACAGAGACACUUGGACAGACAGUAAACCAGGUGAAGCAGUCUCUCUGAUGAUGGACCACUACACUCUUCCCUAUUGGAUUUACCUGGCUGUUCUGACCGUGUUCGUCGGCGGAGCCAUGAAGAAGAUUUUGGCGUCCCACCUGAGCUCCGCCCCCCCCCUGGUGGCCUGGCUGGGCGCCAUCGUGCUGGUGGAGCGGCUGUGGGCGUCCUGCCUGCCGGCCGUGCUGCUGCUGGUGCUGCUCGGCCUCGCCUGCUGCUUCUACUCUGCUGCCAGGACCGGCCCGCCGCCCGCCGCCCUGCCUGCCCACGGCAAGGCCGUGUUGAUCACAGGAUGUGACUCUGGUUUUGGGAAUGCGACGGCGAAGCAUCUGGACGCUCUGGGCUUCGAGGUGUUUGCCACAGUGUUGGACCUGUUAGGAGACGGAGCCAGAGAGCUGCAGAGGACCUGCUCCCCCCGCCUCACCCUCCUCCAGGUGGACAUCACCCAGCCACAGCAGGUCCAACAGGCGCUGCUGGACAUUAAGGCCAAACUGGGCCUCAAAGGUCUGUGGGGUUUGGUGAACAACGCCGGAGUGUGUGUGAACUUCGGAGACGCAGAGCUGUCGCUGAUGUCAAACUUUCGCGGCUGCAUGGAGGUCAACUUCUUCGGCACGCUGAGCAUCACGAAGAGCUUCCUGCCUCUGCUGCGACAGGCCAAAGGACGCAUCAUCACCAUCUCCAGCCCCGCCGGUGACCAGCCGUUUCCCUGUCUGGCAGCAUACGGAGCUUCUAAAGCAGCUCUCAACCUCUUCAUCAACACUCUUCGACACGAGCUGGAGCCCUGGGGGGUCCGAGUCUCCACCAUCCUGCCCUCCUCAUACCGGACAGGUCAGUCCAGUAACAACACCUACUGGGAGCAGCAGCACCAACAGCUGCUGCAGAGUCUGUCUCCGGCGCUGCUCGAGGACUACGGCGAGGACUACGUGAACGAGACCAAGGAGCUGUUCCAGAGCCACGCCAGCCAGGCCAACCCUGACUUCAGCCCCGUCGUCAACGCCAUCGUUCAGGCACUGCUGUCGCCGCAGCCGCGGGUGCGUUACUUCGCGGGGCCCGGCAUCGGCCUGAUGUACUUUAUCCAUAGCUACUGCCCCUUCAGCAUCAGCAACCGCUUCCUCCAGAAACUGUUUGUGAAGAAGAAGCUGAUGCCGCUCGCUCUGAGGAGGCAGUCGGGCUUCAAUCUGAACCUCAGCCUCCACAACAACAACAACAACGAGGAGAAACUCAAGUAUCUGUGAGACAGUAGAAAUAUCCAGAUGGUAGAGGACCAUGUCUGUAACACACUCAUAGAGCUGUAUCCUGUCCUCUUUAUAUGUGGUGUUUUUGUUGAAGGGAUCAUAGUGAUAGACAACACUUCACCCCCAUCAGCGAGAUCAGCUGUACUGUACACACACCGAGAGUCACACUGACUUCAUGUGCCUUCAUCACAGAGAAAAGAUGGUGGCUCAGCAGAAGAAUCGAACACUGCAGCAGCUUGUUUUUAACGUUAAAGUUCAUCUUGUAUAAAACAGCCAAAAAUGUAAAUGCAGAGAAAAAUACCCAUAAACUUGUUUGUCCUUUUUUAAUAAGAUCACUUUUUUUCUAAUUUCAUAGUUUUAGCAUCAUUAUCAGCUUUUUACAUCACUAAACUUAAUUUGAGGUGACGAGACGCAGUGACAUCGUCAGUCAGUUUCACGACGAUGUCAGACACCAACUAGCCAAAAUGGCUCGGCCAGAAUUGUCCCAAGUACACAGGCCCGACUCCGGGUGCCGACUCUGGCCCAAUGCUGACUCAACUGCUGCUGCCCAAUGCAGCUGAUUCUCAGUCAUUCUCAGAUUCAAGAGGCAGUGGUGUCUGGGUCAGAGCCGACUCGCAGCCAUAAUCAGCUCGACUCCGCUGGAGAUGGUUUUAAACAAAUCCGCAGUUUAAGUCAGUUACCUCAAAUCAUUCAUUUGAAAUCGAAAACAAAGGUGAACAUUAACAUUAUCACACGAACUGUGAGGCGUAAACAUUCAUCAGAUCUUGUAAAACUGUUUGGGUUGAUUUUGACUCUCUGUACUUACCAUAGUUGUGUGCACACACAGUGUUAGCCCCUGGUCAGACCAGGAAGAGGCACUGCGAAAAAAUGUCUGUCCCGCAUCCUCAGACCUAAACAAAGAUCUGACGACAAACAAAACGCAGGUUGUGAAAAAGGCAGAUGUUUCAUUUGAAGAUGUCAUCGUAACUGCCAGUAAGCUUCGUGUAAAAUGAGAAGAAACUCCACCCGUGUGGUACGUCAGGAGCCUUGAAACAAGCGCGCUCAGUAAAACGAGCUGCUGUAGUGACACCUCCAUCCAUCAGCCCACAUAUUGAUAAGACAUCUCUGAAUAUGUUUCACGUGUAGAUAACAACAUAUAUUGUUUCUACAUCGGGCGUCAGCAGGAACCAGAACGAGACUGAAUCAUUUCACAACAAAAGUACACAUUCAGUUUGUUUUCUUGUUUGUUUUAUACUCAAAAAACCAAAAUAUAUUAACGGGAUUAUUUGAUUUUCAGAGGGGGGCGGUCUGCAUAUCAGACCUAAACAGAAGUAUGGCUAUCAUACUUCCUGUUCGCACAUCUAACCUUCAUAAUAAAGGUAGAAAAGUGUAGUUCCAAAUACUAAACAGCAAAUAAGCUUGUGACCCUGUUGACCGAUCCUAAAUGUUAUUACCCUGUUGCCAGGCAGGGACACACCUCUGGACUGAAACAGCAGAUGCUCCAGUAGCUGCUGAUUGGCUCUGACCACCAGCUCCACGUCUCUGUCCACGCUACACCCAGCGCUGGUCAGCCAGGCUCCCCUCGCCCUCCGCCCAUCAUGCAGCCACGGUUUGUGACAAUAACCCACAAAAACGUUUGUUUGCUUGUUGUUAAGUAUCUAACUUUUAAAAUGCUGUGAUUUUAUUUUAAAGGUUAGACCAAUAGAAGUAAACCACAGGUCAUAUUUUCUGUCUGUGGUCAUUUUACUUUUCAGCAGUGAAAAUCAGCAAAUGUAAAAGUAAUUUAAGUUUCUCUAUUCAAAACUAAUUCACCCGAAAACCAGAUAAUCCAGUUAUAUUUUGGUUUGGUGAUGAUAAACCACGAAAACAUUUUUCUGAUUGUUUCCUUGUUUCUGCGUCUUCAAACAUAAAAUCAAAAAUCCAGUUUUCUUGCUUCAAACUCACGGAGCAGUUUUUUAGUUUAUCUUCAUAUUCAGGAUCUUUGAAUGUUACGUCACCUUGUUUUUUAGGGUCCAAUAUAUGGAAAUAAAUAAAGCAUGUAGCAGUUAUUUUUUCAGCUGUGAUGAAUCCAACAAAAUUCAAACCGUAAACUUUAUUCCAAAUGGAACAGAUAUGGAAUAUAUUUGCACAUGUUCGGUGAGUGUGUUGUGUUUCUGAGGUCUGUGGAAACUGUCUGUCAUCAGAUUCACAUCUCCAACAUUAUUACAUUAUUAUUUUGUUUUAUUUUUCUGCCCACUUGGUGUUUUUGUUUUUGAAUCAAACUAUUUAUGGCAUCUUUUCUUAUCACUUAAACUGUGAAUUUUGUAUUUUAAAAAAAAUUAAAAAAAACAAAAUAUGUAAAAUUUUCAAUUCAUUCUUUGACAGAAAUAAAGUCGACUUUUUCAGA